AGUCACGUGAGGCGCGGAUCCUGGGUGGGAGGGGGUUGGCGGAGGGGUCCAGAGUGGCAGUAAAGGAGGAAGAUGGCGGGGUGCAGGGGGUCCCUGUGCUGCUGCUGCAGGUGGUGCUGCUGCUGCGGUGAGCGUGAGACCCGCACCCCAGAGGAGCUGACCAUCCUUGGAGAAACACAGGAGGAGGAGGAUGAGAUCCUUCCAAGGAAAGACUAUGAGAGUUUGGAUUAUGAUCGCUGUAUCAAUGACCCUUACCUGGAGGUUUUGGAGACCAUGGAUAAUAAGAAAGGUCGCAGGUAUGAGGCGGUGAAGUGGAUGAUGGUGUUUGCCAUUGGAGUCUGCACAGGGCUGGUGGGUCUCUUCGUGGACUUCUUUGUACGGCUCUUCACCCAGCUCAAGUUCGGAGUGGUGCAGGCGUCGGUGGAGGAGUGCAGCCAGAAAGGCUGCCUCGCCCUGUCCCUCCUUGAACUCUUGGGUUUCAACUUGACUUUUGUCUUCUUCGCGAGCCUUCUUGUCCUAAUUGAGCCAGUGGCAGCGGGUUCUGGGAUACCCGAGAUCAAAUGCUAUCUGAAUGGUGUGAAGGUGCCCGGAAUCGUGCGUCUCCGGACCCUGCUCUGCAAAGUCUUUGGAGUGCUGUUCAGUGUGGCUGGAGGGCUCUUCGUGGGGAAGGAAGGCCCCAUGAUCCACAGUGGAGCAGUGGUAGGGGCUGGCCUCCCGCAGUUUCAGAGCCUCUCUUUACGGAAGAUCCAGUUUAACUUCCCCUAUUUCCGAAGUGACAGAGACAAGCGGGAUUUCGUAUCAGCAGGGGCGGCCGCCGGAGUCGCUGCAGCUUUCGGGGCCCCCAUUGGGGGUACCUUGUUCAGUCUGGAGGAGGGCUCAUCCUUCUGGAACCAAGGGCUCACGUGGAAAGUGCUCUUUUGCUCCAUGUCUGCCACCUUCACCCUCAACUUCUUCCGUUCUGGGAUUCAGUUUGGAAGUUGGGGUUCCUUCCAGCUCCCUGGAUUGCUGAACUUUGGCGAGUUUAAGUGCUCUGACUCUGAUAAAAAAUGUCAUCUCUGGACAGCUAUGGACUUGGGUUUCUUUGUCAUGAUGGGGGUCGUUGGGGGCCUCCUGGGAGCCACAUUCAACUGUCUGAACAAGAGGCUUGCGAAGUACCGCGUGCGAAACGUGCACCCGAAACCUAAGCUCGUCAGAGUCUUGGAGAGCCUCUUGGUGUCUCUGGUGACCACCGUGGUGGUGUUUGUGGCCUCCAUGGUGUUAGGAGAAUGCCGACAGAUGUCUUCCGCAAGUCAAGUUGGUAAUGACUCCUUCGCACUCCAGGUCACAUCAGAAGAAGUGAAUUCCAGCAUCAAGACCUUUUUUUGUCCCAAUGAGACCUACAAUGACAUGGCCACACUCUUUUUCAACUCCCAGGAGUCUGGCAUCCUUCAGCUUUUCCACCAGGAUAGUACUUUUAGCCCCAUCACUUUGGCGUUGUUCUUCGUCCUCUAUUUUGUGCUUGCAUGUUGGACUUACGGCAUUUCUGUUCCAAGCGGCCUUUUUGUGCCUUCCCUGCUAUGUGGAGCUGCUUUUGGACGUUUAGUUGCCAACAUUCUCAAAAGCUACAUUGGAUUGGGCCAUAUCUAUUCGGGAACCUUUGCCCUGAUUGGUGCUGCGGCUUUCUUGGGCGGGGUCGUCCGUAUGAGCAUCAGCCUCACGGUCAUCCUGAUUGAGUCCACCAGCGAGAUCACGUACGGCCUCCCCAUUAUGGUCACCCUGAUGGUGGCCAAAUGGACAGGGGACUUUUUCAAUAAGGGCAUUUAUGACAUCCACGUGGGCCUGCGAGGCGUGCCGCUCCUAGAAUGGGAGACGGAGGUGGAAAUGGACAAACUGCGAGCCAGCGACAUCAUGGAGCCCAACCUGACCUACGUCUACCCGCACACCCGCAUCCAGUCUCUGGUCAGCAUCCUGCGUACCACGGUCCACCACGCCUUCCCAGUGGUCACGGAGAACCGGGGCAACGAGAAGGAGUUCAUGAAGGGCAACCAGCUCAUCAGCAACAACAUCAAAUACAAGAAGUGCAGCAUCCUCACCCGCGCCGGUGAGCAGCGCAGACGGAGCCAGUCCAUGAAGUCCUACCCGUCCAGCGAGCUGCGGAACGUGUGCGACGAGCACGUGACCUCCGAGGACCCGGGCGAGAAGGAGGACCUCCUGCAGCAGAUGCUCGAGCGGAGAUACACUCCCUACCCCAACCUAUACCCUGACCAGUCCCCAAGCGAAGACUGGACCAUGGAGGAGCGCUUCCGCCCACUGACCUUCCACGGCCUGAUCCUGCGCUCGCAGCUCGUCACCCUGCUCGUCCGAGGAGUUUGUUAUUCUGAAAGCCAGUCGAGCGCCAGCCAGCCGCGCCUCUCCUACGCUGAGAUGGCCGAGGAUUACCCGCGGUACCCUGACAUCCACGACCUGGACCUGACCCUGCUGAACCCGCGCAUGAUCGUGGACGUCACCCCGUACAUGAACCCCGCGCCCUUCACUGUUUCCCCCAACACUCACGUCUCCCAAGUUUUCAACCUGUUCAGAACGAUGGGCCUGCGGCACUUGCCCGUGGUGAACGCGGUGGGAGAGAUCGUUGGGGUCAUCACACGGCACAACCUGACACGUGAGUUUCUGCAGGCACGGCUGCGGCAGCACUACCAGACCCUAUGACGGCCCGGCUCGGCCUCGCCGCCACGUGCCAGCCCGUCCUCUCCGGGAGCUGCAGCUCAGGCUCCGCCGCCAUGGCUGGCCAGGAAGAUUCCCAGUCGCCCGCUGGCUUGGAAAGCCUACAAUCAUCGAACACUUUGCCGUCAGAGCUCCUGGGGGUGGUGUCAAGCCAUCAGGGUCUGGACUUGUGUGACCUCAGCCAGUGUCUUCCCGUUUCCUGCCCCCUGCGCCCCCCGAUCCAGUGCUGGCACAGGCCCCAACCCCUCCUUCCCGCUAGCACCAGGACCAGAAGGGAAGUCGGGCCUCACCCACUGGCGGGGGCGCUCGGAGCAGGUUCCCCACCACCUCUUUGCUCCUUUCCUAGGGAACCCAGCUGUUGCCUUAAACCAUCAUGGGAGGGACCCAGACCGAGGCAAACACUGGGUGGAAUGCCAGUUGCAGAAUUCAGUCAAUUACUAAAUUGAGGAAUUGGGCCCUGAGGAAACUACGCCUGUUUCAGGGAGGCCCGCCUUCACUGGGACUCUUAAGUUGACAUCUUCAGCAGUUCAUUUUGAGGGAGGUUCUGCUUCUGGGUGUGAGCUGGUGCUCUGGUCUCGCUGCUGUGCUGUGAAUCUAGAACCCUAGAAGCACAAAGCAUUCAAAUCCCGCUAAUAGCUCCUGAUCUGCCCUAGGUUUGAGCAUUUCGGCUUUCUCUCCAUUUUCCAAAUUACCCGUGGUCUCCGAGUGCCACGUUUUUACCCUGGUCCUUCUCUUCUCCAUGGAAUUACUAAACUUCCUUAAGUUUUACCUGCAUCUUCCUCGUGAAGCAACCCCAGCCCAGAGGAUCUUGGCAUCACCCCUAGAUAAGACUGCUUCACUUGACUCUGGGCAAUGGGGCAGUUGUUCAGAGGAUGGAAAGGAGUGAGUCCUGAGCCAGGUGCACUCACAGGUGCGCGAUGUGGCUUAAAACGCCAGAGUGUGACCGCACAGCAGACGUUUAUUCGAGGAAGGGGUGUCUGCCCUUAGCGAGCGCUUCUCUCUGGCCGCCUGCUGGCCAUCCCCAGCCCACCGGGAGGCUCAGCGGUGGGAACUUCACGAGGGGUUAACAGCGGGGAGAGGGAGGCGGCUCCUGCCAGCACGUGCCCCGGGGUUUUAACAUCAAGCGGAGGACGCCUCCCUCUCUCUUUCAGUGACUUAGUUUCCCUUUGGGCUGGUUGGUCCUCUCUGAACAGGCACCCAAAGGCAUUUGCGCUUACUUUCCUCUUGUGCUCUCUCUACAUGUUUAGCAACAUCUUAGGCCCAUCGUGCAACCAUGUGGCAGAUGUGCUCUGAGGGUCAAGGUGGCAUUCAUUUGCAUUACGUUAGUUGUUUGUUUUUUAAUCAUGGAAUUUGCCUGAGGACGUCAGUGCCAGGCCUCAGCAACGCAGUUCUCUCCCCUCAGCCUCCGGACUUCUGUUGCCGCCUUUAAGCCUGGGGAGUGGGUGUCUGCCCGGCUUCGCUGGCUCAGGUCUUGCGCUCCACCCACUCUAGGGAACAACCACCUACGCCGGGGGGCUGCGUCAGCAUCAUUGCCAAUGACUCUGGCCCCUCCAUUCCUCCAUUUUCUUAAUCUCUUUGACCAAGAUUACUUGAACCUAUAAAAUUUUCAACUUCCUUGGGUGCACUUGACUUAUGAAACACAGAUGAAACUCCCAGUAAGUAGUUCGGGAAAUCACAAGGACCAAAAGGGCAAGCCCUUCUAAAUGUGAUUGCGUUCAACCAGCUGCCAGUAUUUUAAGGCAGCAUUCGGAACUUGACCGCAUUAUUUCUUUCAUUGAGAAGCAAACCGAUGCCCAAGUCAGGCGAGUGGCAUGACCGCCCAUACCAGGAACCUGCUUUCCUCUUCCCUCUCCUUUCCUCUCCUGAAACUGGUAGCACUGAGGUCCUGCUUGAGGAUCUCCCACCUCCAGAGGGCGGGGUCGCAGGCUGCUGGCCUCCUGGACACCCUGGGUGAGUGGUGUCGGGAUUUAUGCCUCCUGCACAUCACGUCGUGUUUAAGUCACCAGAUAUUUUGUUCCCUUCAGUGUAGCCCAGAGAUAGACGGCAGAGAGCAAACGCCUCCAUCCCCCAGAACGGACUGGACGACCACCAAGGAGGACCCAAACCCAGCCCCUCUGGGAAGGCACGUUGUUUCCUGUCCUCUCCUGGCAUCUUGCCCUUUCCAGACAAGCCCAGAGACAAGCGGGGCUCCACUUGUAACAAAAUAACUGUAAGCCUCCCUCCUUUGAUUUCUGUUAGUUAGAAAUCUGUAUCUCAACGUCCCGCCUGUUGCCAGCCUGAUCACCUCCCAGUGAACCUGGCACCUGGAUAAACAGAAACCCUCGGGGGCUGGGGCUGGGGUUGGCUAGAGAUGGUUUCCUGCUUCCCUGGCCGAGGUGAUGGGGGAGGGGGCCAAGAGUCCCCACCCGACUGGGGGACCUUUGUGCUCUGGGGGACGAUUUGCUUGUGACCUUGUUUAACUAACAGUUCCGGACAGGAAUGGACACUUGUAUACUUGACCCAGCUGACCAUAUGACAUUUCUGAUGCAAAAUCACGCACUGACACGGCCCUGGGGGGACAAGAAAGCCUUCGGAAAGGCCAGCAGUGCCCUCCCAGGCCUGCAGUAUUGAUGUGCAGUAUUGCCCCACGGCUCGUGGACCUUGGUCAUUUCAACAGUAGCAGCUUUCUUCGUUCUGUUUGCACUGUUUGUUUAUAUGGUAAUGUUAGCUAAUUCUACUGUGUAUAUAAAUUGUAUUUUUUUUAAUUUGUAAAAUUCUAUUCUUAUUUGAACUCUUGGAACUUGGAAGUUCUCACUAUAACUGUAACAUGUCAGAAUAAAAUGUCUUCACCUCCAUCAUC